AUGCAAAGCACCCAGGAGCUACGGCACAGAUGUGCCCAACACGAUGCUCUAUCUGUCCACUCUGUCUCCAGUAUGGACCUCUCCUUGGAGGGGUUGUAUAUCCAGGAGUCAAUGCUUAGGGCCUUGCCCUACUCCAUCGAGAAGAAACGUUUCCUCAGGAGGCAGUUGAAGGCAUCCACAAAGACAGAUGAGACCAGCUGGGAGACCUGGAGGCAACGACAAUACAGGGUCCAGAAGCAGCUUCAAGAAGGCAUCUGGAAUUUUGUCAGGAUCUUCCAGCUCUGGAAGUCUUCUCUGGAUGAUAUUGAAGGGAACUUUGGCCCUGGCAUCCAAUCCUAUUUCACCUUCCUGAGGUUCCUGCUCUUCAUCAACAUCCUGGCCGUGCUGCUGGUCACAGGCUUCAUUCUGUUGCCAGUUGCCAUUCCUCGCGGUUCGACUAGCUUUCCUAAAAGCCUGGGUGCAGAGGCGGAGUGCAUGAACUACAGUAGUGGCCUCGGUUAUCGAUCUGCCUGGCAACGUUUCCAGGACAUCUUCACUGGGGAAGGCUUUUUAGAGCACUCCUACCUGUUUUACGGAGCUUACAAUGAGAAACAGGAUAGCAGCAACCAUUACAAUGUGUACUUAGCCUACCUGCUUAGCAUCCUGGGAUACCUCUUUGCCUGCUUCAUUUGGAUCUUCCGGCGCAUUGUGGCCAGCUUUGUGCAGUGGCAGAUGCUACGGUGGGACUUCCAGACAUACCUCAGUGCCGGGAUCUUCACUGAAUGGGAUUUCUGCAUCCAAAGCCCGGAGGCUGCCGCCCUCAAGCAGAGAAAUAUUUACAAUCGCCUUAAGAUAGACCUAGAGGAGCAGAUCCGGCAUCUGCAGAACCAGCAGAGGACAAAGAGGCAGCUGGCUCAGCUCUACCUGCUGCGCCUGCUGAUCAAUGGCAUCGUCUUGCUAUUGAUGGCUGCUGCUUUCUGCUUCAUCUACUUGGCCACAGAGUUUUCCCAGGACUACAGUCAGGAUGCUGCCAAACUGGGUGUAUUAGGUCAGUACCUCCCACCUGUGGUGAUCUCUAUGGCGAACAUUUUCCUGCCAUUUCUUUUCCAUGUCCUAGCCCAGUGGGAGGGCUAUUCACCCAAUGCUAAAGUCAACCUCACCCUACUCAGGUGUGUAAUCCUGAAACUGUCCAGCCUGGGGAUGUUCCUGUUCUUCUUGGGCCGCAACGUCCUGUGCUUGGGGAGCAAGAACACUCUCCAGUGCCAGCAAUGUGGCUACAACAAACUCUAUCAGUGUUGGGAAACCCACCUUGGACAGGAGAUGUACAAGAUGAUUAUCUUCAGUUUCUUGACUACCUUGGCAGCUGCUUUCCUUAUCAGCCUGCCCCGGAGGUUGCUGGCUAAGCAUUCCUCCAGUGCACUGGCUCAAUGGCUUGGCAAAGAAGAAUUCUUGGUGCCUCACAAUGUGUUGGAUAUUGUAGCAGCUCAGACAGUCAUGUGGAUUGGGAUCUUCUUCUGCCCUCUCCUGCCUUUGCUUGGCUGUGUCUCCAUCUUCAUUACAUUCUAUAUUAAAAAGUACACUCUGUUCCGGAACUGCCAGCCUUCGACUCAGCUGUUUCGGGCAUCCCAUUCUAAAUUCCUAUUCCAGAUCAUGCUGCUGCUAGGUCUCUUCCUGGCCUACAUCCCUCUAACCUAUGUCAUCAGCAGGGCCUCUCCAUCCCAAGCUUGUGGGCUUUUUACUAACUAUUCAGCUCCAUGGCAGGCAGUGACCAAGGCUGUGUCCCACUUACCUACUUCAGCACAGCUCACUUUGAACUUCGUCACAUCCAAUGUCUUUUGUUUCUCACUUCUGAUGCUGCUCAGCCUCAUCCUCACAGCAUACAUUUCCCAGGCGCAGGCAAAUAGACAAGUCAUUGAAAGACUCAAGAGGCAACGGGUGCUGUAUGUCCAGGAAAAAUGGUAUUUGGUGAAGAAAUUGGCUCGAGUGUUGGUGGAAUUACCAUGAGUCUGUGGAAAAAGUUCCUCCAAAGGAAGGGGAAUUUUGGUGGCAAAGCUUUUAGGAGCAGGAAAAUAAAACCCUUCUUUACUGCUGAGGAAAGCAGAACAGAGCCAACAGGAUGGUCAAAACUUGCCUGGACUAAAGAGCUCAGAGAAACCCUGGCCCUGAUCUGUCAUUGCACAAAGGAAAGCCCCAUUGCCCAGAUCACAAACUGAUUCCCAGAUCCACUCUAUCAUACAACACCUUUUCUCUCACUAUGCCAUACAGGCUGUGAGGCUAUAGUUUUUGUAGCUAAUGCAGAACUUUCCCUGUAAGUUGCUGUAUUGAUUGUACUGAUCCCAUGUUAGAGCAAGUUUUUGCAAGCCUGCUAAGGAGAAUGGCAAGGUGUGUAAUGAUAAAGAUAUGCAUGCUUAUGAUAUCAAAAUGAGAAAGGUGUAUUUUCUGUGUUAGGUGACCAUGUCACCAGUCCUUAUGAAGUGGUUUAUCACAAAUCUCUCAGUCAUGCAAAAUAAAAUAAGUAUAUGUAGUUUGUCUACCAAGUGUUAGACGCAGCGGUUCUCAACCUGUGGGUCGCGACCCCUUUGGGGGUCGAACGACCCUUUCACAGGGGUCGCCUAAGACCAUCGGAAAACACAUAUUUGUUAUAUUAAGAGUGUUACCCAUGCUACACCAUGCUUCAAGACAAAAUUUCAUUUAUUUGUAAUUAGAAAUAAAUAUUUCACAGUAUAUAA